AUGCUAUUCAUUUCUCAUCACCUGGCCGCCGAGAGGGCUGCAAAACUUUGGGCGGCCGCAGCAUCGGAUCCCUAUCCCGAACUUGCCCUACUUGAUGCCGAGAAUCGAAUUCUGGUCCAGACGCUAACCGACCAGAUGGUCAAUGGUGAGCCGGCCUUGAAGGAGCUUGCGGAAGAGGAUGAAGACUAUCUGCUUUACAAAGAGGAAAUUGCGCAAGAAGAAGCCCUAAAAUCUCACCCACCGGAAGAGUUUUUUUUCGAGGAUAACGAGAUA